AUGUUUACGAAGAAUUUCAUUUUUGCUUUGCUCCUCUCAUCGAGUCUUCUCGGUGCGGUGGCUGGCCAGCAAAAUAACGGGGGAAACAGAGGCCGUCAGAACAACGGUGCUCAGAAUGGCGGACAGAACGCUGGACAGAAUGGCGGCCAGAAUGGCGGCCAGAAUCGUGGAAAUCAAGGGAACAACGGUGGCAACCAGGGAAACAAUAACAACAACAAUAACAAUAACAACAAUAACAAUGGGGGCAAUGCUCUUUUACUGAGAGCUCAGAAUGUUCAAAGGGGAAGCCAGAAUGAUGGAAAUGCAAAUGCAGAAGAGGGCCAGAGCCCUUCAAAGACCGAUAACGCAAAUUUCAUCAACUUCUGUACCGGAAAGACAUUGACCAAUGGCCUUCAAAACCAGCAGGGUUCUUGCAACGGAAUUGUGAUGGGUGAUAUCCCCAAUAAAAAUAACAUGGUCUCGACCAUUAUCACAAAUCCCGGCCCCGGCCAAAACCUGAACCCCAACACUGACUUCAAUGUCAAUCUUCAAGUUACAAACUUGGUUGCGGGCUCAUUCACCAACCCUGACAACACCUACUACUCCGCUCCCCAGGAACUCCAAGGUGGCAAGAUUGUUGGGCAUACCCAUGUUACCAUUCAAUCUUUGGGUAACAACCUUGCGACCCAAAACCCGCCUGACCCAGAACAGUUCGUCUUCUUCAAGGGUAUAAAUGAUGCAGGGAAUGGACGAGGCGGCCUUAGUGCUGCAGUUGAAGGUGGAUUGCCAGCAGGCGUAUACCGCGUGUGUACAAUGAGCUCUGCCUCCAAUCACCAGCCUGUCAUCAUGCCUGUCGCGCAACGUGGUGCCCAGGAUGAUUGCCAAAAAUUCACAGUCGGCCGAGGAAAUAACAACAACAAUAAUAACAAUAACAACAACAAUAACAAUAACGGCGGCAACAACAAUAACAACCAAGGACAACAGGGCAACCAAGGACAGCAGGGCAACCAGGGCCAAGGCGGCAACGCUGGCAGGAACGCCGGCGGCAAUCAGGGACAGGCUGGUAACCAAGGCCAGGCAGGCGGCCAACGACAAGCCGGACAGGCAGGCCAACGACAAGCUGGUCAGGGACAGGCCGGCCAACAAAGACAGGCUGCCAAUCAAGGACAGGCAGGCGGUCAACGGCAAGCUGGGCAGGCAGGCCAAGGACAAGCUGGCAACGCCGGCGCCAACAGAGGCGCUGCUGGUGGUAACAGAGUUGCUGCUGCAGAAGCCGCUGGCGCUGACGGUGAAGAAGGUGGUGCUGCGGGCGGUGCUGCUGGUGGAGCUGGCCGCGGUGCUGAAGGUGAAGUUGCCGGUGGUGCUGGAGGAGCUGGUGGAGCUGGCCGUGGUGCUGAAGGUGCUGAAGGUGAAGCUGCUGGAGGCGCUGGUGGAGCUGGCCGCGGUGCUGAGGGUGAAGUUGCCGGUGGUGCUGGAGGAGCUGGUGGAGCUGGCCGUGGUGCUGAAGGUGCUGAAGGUGAAGUUGCCGGUGGUGCUGGAGGAGCUGGCGGCGCUGGCCGCGGUGCUGAAGGUGAGGCUGCUGGAGGCGCUGGUGGUGCUGAUGGUGGUGAGGCCGCCGGCGGCUUUGGCGGUGCUGGAGGUGGUGAGGCCCGACGCAAUACCCAGGUUCGCCAGGGGACUCAACAAGCAAAGGCGCGGCCACGUCGUGCCUUUGUUAAAAGGGAGUUCAUUGCUUAA